UAAAGUUUGCGUCUUGGACUUUUUUUUUUUCCCUUAAACCUUCCCUUUUUUGCCUCAUUUGUCUCUCAGCUGCCAUCCGGAAUUACCGCCCAUUCUUUUUUCUUUGUAUCCAUCCCAUCUCAGUGAUCGCAGCGAUCCCACCCGUCGUCGUCGUCUUGUCUCUGAACUCACGGUGUUACAUACUGACGCCUGGACCGGGUGGCUGAUACGGGCAGAAAGUGGAUGAUCGCUCUUGUCUGCUGUAGGCCAUUCCCCGUACUUACGUCUUGCCUUGCCUCCGGCGGCUGAUCUGGCGUUCCCGACCACCUGUGGGCGCGGCCUGGCUGGGUUAAUUGAUUUAAAGACGACUAAGAAUGAAGGCCAUUCGACGCUCUCUCAAAGGGGAGAAAGAUCCCAAACCCCACCACCACAACCACCACCACCUUUCUAUUACUCCCAAGUCCGCCAUUGCCAUUCUUCCGCCCAAGAAGGUUAUCAAAGCGCUCUACGACUACCAACCGGAGCCCGGGAACUCGCAGGAACUCGCCUUCAGCAAGGGAGACUUCUUUCACGUUAUCAGCAGGGAGGACGAUUCGGACUGGUACGAAGCGUGCAAUCCGCUUAUCCCUAGUGCUAGGGGGUUGGUUCCAGUAUCCUUCUUUGAAGUGAUUGGCAAAAACGAGAGAAACAGCGCCGGAUCGGUGGACCUUCAUAAAAAGAAAGAGCCACACGACUCGGGCUUCUCCGAUCGAGCUGCGUUCCCAGGUUCAGAUUUCGCCAGCAACUUUUCCCGAAAUAGCUAUCAGCACAGGAUGUCGGCGAUGGGGAAGGGCGGUUCAAGCCCCAUGGUCUAUGGAAUCGUCCAGUACGACUUCCAGGCCGAGCGACCGGACGAACUAGAUGCCAAAGCCGGCGAAGCGAUUAUUGUCAUUGCCCAAUCGAACCAAGAAUGGUUUGUCGCCAAACCAAUCGGUCGCUUGGGCGGGCCAGGUCUCAUCCCGGUCUCUUUCCUCGAACUGCGCGAUAUGCAGACGGGCCAAGCGGUCACAGAUCCACUCGAGGCUGUGAGGCGCGCCGGCGUGCCGAAGGUGGAGGAAUGGAAGAAGAUGACGGCCGAAUACAAGAACAGCAGCAUCACCCUGGGCAAGAUCGAUUCCGCCGGUGGCUCAUCGAUGCAAUCCGUCACGUCGAGCAUGGACAAGAUGUCCAUCGGCCGCCAGAGCCAAAUGAGCCAAAGCGGUCAAUCCCAGGGCUACCACACCCGCAAUGCCAGUAAAGGUUCUCUUGUGCAACAAGUUUCCCACCAGUCGCAGCAAAGCUACCAGCAACCCUUGAUGGCGCCAAUUGCCGCAUCUAUCCCCCGGUACUGCUUUGACAAUGACAAAUACUGGUACAUCAUCGAGGCCAAAAUGGAGGACGGUCGCUGUUGGGAACUGUCGCGCUAUUACCAUGACUUCUAUGAUUUCCAGAUCGCGCUGUUGACUCAGUUUGAGGAGGAAGCGGGCAACCGUGGCAAGGCGCGCACAUUACCGUAUAUGCCGGGACCUGUCACCCAUGUCACAGACGCCAUCUCAAACGGUCGCCGACAGAACCUCGAUGAGUACAUCAAGAAGCUCCUGGCCAUGCCUCCCCAUAUCUCCCGCUGCCAAUUGGUCCGACAGCUAUUCGCACCACGCGCGGGUGACUUUGAAAUCGAUCCGAACGCAUUUGGUGAAGAUGCGCGGUUCUCCGGUGGCUCGCACCACUCCUCGACACAUGAGCCCCCUCGGAGCGUCUCCCGCCAGUCAUCGCAGGCGCCCAUCGCCGUCCACGCGGAGCGCAACUCGCACCAGCGCGGACAACCUUCCCUCUCGCUCUCGAAUGGCGGGCCACCCCCGAUGAAUCGACAACCCAGCUCGAUAACACAGGUGUCGACGACCUCGAGUAGCGGCGCCAUGAAAGUCAAGGUCUUCUUCCAGGAUGACCUCAUUGCAAUCCGGGUCCCCAGCGACAUCAGCCUCCAGCAGCUCCGGGACAAACUCACGGACCGCCUGAAGAUCCAGGAUGAGAUCGUGGUUCAGUACAAGGACGAACCGUCCGGGACGUACGUCGACUUGGCCACUGACAGUGACCUGGACACGGCAAUCCAGCGAAACUCCAAACUCACCCUAUAUGUUGGACUUGCAUAGAAGCGUGAUCUUUUCCCCGUCUAU